UCCUUCUCUAACCCAACCUUAACACUUUCCAAAUCCAAUUUUCUAAUAUUCAUCUUAAAAUUAACACACCACAACUUCUCUUAAUUCUACAAAUUCAUAGUACACAAUGGCAAGUUCUAUGGCUUUAUGUCGUCUAGCUAUAAUAUUGGUCAUUAAUAUUGUUAUGGCUGGACCAUCCUAUGCACAAAUAAGCACUCCAUGUAACCCUUCAACAAUAACCACUCUCUUUACACCUUGUAUGAGUUUCCUUACAAGUAGUAGUGCUAAUGGCACCUCACCUACUACUCAAUGCUGCACUGCUCUUAAAUCCCUUACUAGUAGUGGCAUGGACUGUUUGUGUCUCCUUGUUACUGCUAGUGUUCCGUUCCAGAUUCCGAUUAACAGAACCUUGGCCAUCUCUCUUCCUCGUGCCUGUAAUAUGCCCGGUGUUUCAGUCCAAUGCAAAGCCUCAGCUUCACCACUUCCUGCUCCUGGACCAGUGGCUCUAGGACCAUCUUCUUCACCUGUAUCAGCUCCAUCUACUCCUUCAGGAUUUACUCCAACACCUAGUCCUAAAGAAUCUUCUGAUCUUCCUUCACCAACUUCAUCUCCUCUGGCACCACAACAAGACACAAAUGUUCCCCUGUUGACUCCACCAUCUACAGUGGGAAGCGGCCGCUCUUCUCUGACUCCAUCAUCGGCUGUGUCAUCUUACAAUGUCUCACCUUCUUCUGUUCUGUUGAUUGCACUGGGAUUUGUUGUUCUCAAAUUCUACUAGAUUCUGUGUUAGGCAUAUAUCCUAUGCAGGAGUACCUAUAGUUUGUUACUAUAUAUUUUUUGUAGUGUGCAUUGAUUGAAAUUGCAUUUAUGGAUUAUUUGAUAUUUGAUAUAUGUAAAAGAAUGGAAUAAAGUUUUUGUUA